AUGCCUCGCGGAGCGGAGGCGCUGGACCUGCCGGUGUUGGACACAGCCCCAGCCCGGUCCUGGGGGCCGGGCCGCAGCACUACAAUGGCUCAUCUCGAUUCUGACAUGAAAGAAGAAUGCCUGAGGAAAGACCUGAGGUUCUACUUCAUGAGCCCUUGUGAAAAAUACCGAGCCAGACACCAGAUCCCAUGGAAACUGGGCUUGCAGAUUUUGAAGAUACUCAUGGUCACCACACAGCUUGUUCGUUUUGGUUUAAGUAACCAGCUCGUGGUUGCUUUCAAGGAAGAAAACACCAUGGCUUUUAAGUAUUUGUUUUUGAGAGGAUAUGCUGGUAUAGACGAAGAAGACUACAGUUACAGUGUAUAUACUCAAGAGGACACCUAUGAGAGCAUAUUUUAUGCUAUUAACCAGUAUCAUCAUCUAAAGAACAUUUCCCUAGGGACCCUAAGUUAUGGAGAAAAUGAAGAGCAUAGAAUUGGCUUAAAAGUCUGUAAGCAGUACUACAAGAAAAGAACCAUGUUUCCCUCUAAUGAGACACUGAAUAUUGACAGUGACAUCGAAACAGACUGCAUUUACUUGGACCCCCAGGGCCUCUCCAAGAACGCUGAGGACUGGAAGAACUCAUCAUUCUUCAGACUGGAAUUUUAUAGGCUCUUACAGGUUGAGAUCUCCUUUCACCUCAAAGGCAUUGACCUGCAGACGAUGCUUUCCCGAGAGUUACCGGACUGUUAUGUCUUUCAGAACACGAUUACCUUCGACAACAGAGCUCACAGUGGCAAAAUCAAAAUCUAUUUUGACAGUGAUGCUAACAUUGAAGAAUGUAAAGACUUAAAGAUAUCUGGAUCUGUUCAGAAGAAUACUCAAUAUAUGCUUUUGUUUGAUUCAUUUGUCAUUGUGAUUUGCUUGGCGUCUCUGAUUCUGUGCACAAGAUCCAUUGUUCUUGCUUUACGCUUACGAAAGAGAUUUCUAAAUUUCUUCCUGGAGAAGUACCAGCGACAUGUAUGUAAUGCUGACCAGUGGGAGUUCAUCAAUGGUUGGUAUGUCCUAGUGAUUAUCAGCGACCUAAUGACAAUCAUUGGAUCCAUCCUCAAAAUGGAAAUUCAAGUAAAGAAUAUCACAAAUUACGAUCUGUGCAGCAUUUUGCUUGGAACGUCCACGCUUCUUGUCUGGGUUGGAGUCAUCCGAUACCUAGGUUACUUCCAAACAUAUAAUGUGCUCAUUUUGACAAUGCAAGCCUCGCUGCCAAAGGUGCUCCGCUUCUGCGCCUGCGCGGGGAUGAUCUACCUGGGUUACACCUUCUGCGGCUGGAUCGUCUUAGGCCCGUAUCACAACAAGUUUGUAGCUCUGAAUACAGUUUCUGAGUGUCUGUUUUCUCUGGUCAACGGUGAUGAUAUGUUUGCGACCUUUGCUCAAAUCCAGCAGAAGAGCGUCUUGGUGUGGCUGUUCAGUCGCCUUUAUUUAUAUUCCUUCAUCAGCCUUUUUAUAUAUAUGAUUCUCAGCCUUUUCAUUGCGCUUAUUACGGAUUCUUAUGACACCAUUAAGAAAUACCAGCAGAAUGGGUUUCCUGUAACGGAUCUUCAGGAGUUCCUGAAGGAAUGUAAUAGCCGAGAGGAGUGUCAGAAACAGUCCUCGGCCUUCCUGUCCUGCGUCUGCUGUCUGAGGAGGAAAGCAAGUGAUGACCACUUGAUAUUUACUAACUAA